GCACUCUUGUUCACAGCGAGUCAGAGCCAAAUCUCGUGGCAGCCUUCGAGGACCUUUGCUGGCUAUGCAAAGAAGUUGGUGGCUUCGACUUGAAGUCCCAGUUGGUGCAGGUGCACGCGGACUAUGCGCCAGGCAUUGCCGCUGCGCGGCGACAACGUCGCACAAAGAAGCUGGACCCAGACGUUGCCAAAAUUUGCGAGCUGUCAGACCUCACAAGGUGUUUGCCCACGUUGCAGCUGGCGGACGUGAUUUGGCAAGUCAUCUUUGA